CUUCAAGAGAGCCGAGAGAACAGCAAUUAUUAUCCAAUGAUAAGGAUAACCAAAUAAAUAGUUUUGCAAAUAUUUUGAGUACAAAUCGACAUAAUUAUCACAUGAAUGGCAUGAGUGAGAAGCCGUGGUUCAUGGGAAACGGCACACGAAGGCCUUCCAGCCGUAUGUCGGAUGCGUUGUCCCUCUGGCCCGAAGAGUCACCCGAAGACCGAAUUGUCAACCAAUUGAUGUAUUUUCCUAAAGACUAUAAGCAGUCAGACACUGAAUUGAAGCGAAUUGUGCUGUACUUGGGUCGGGGCGGUUGGAAUGACCUGCCGAUGGGUCGCAUAAAGUUCGUGGCCGACAAGUGUCCGGUCGACAGGUGUUCCCUUAGCGCCAACGCUAACGACGCGCCCGAAGCCGAUGCCAUCUUCUUUAAAGAGCGCUUUCAAUGGCCUAAACACAGACGUCCUGCUCAUCAGAUUUGGAUACUUUUUUUACUCGAGUGUCCACUCCAUACACAACUGUUUAGGAAUCUGGGCGCCGGGGUCUUCAACUGGACGGCUACUUAUAGACACGACUCCGAUAUCGUAGCGCCGUAUGAAAAGUUUGUCUCCUAUUCCCGCAAUAAACCCAAACAAACCACACAAAAGAACUGGGGUCUGGGCAAAACAAAACAGGUAGCCUGGUUUGUGUCCAAUUGU